GUAUUUUUGAUAAAGUAACAAUAGAUCGUUUGUCCUAUUACUGUGUUUACGUUUUGGGGGAAUUUUACUAAGAAAAUCACCAAAUUCUCCUGCAAAGUUAAGAUGUAUAGGCGUCUUUUUCAUGUCGCCUUCAAUGUCCUGGUGAGUCCCAUGAUGGUGCAGAAUGUUACACCAGACGACAGGUUUAUUAAUUUUUUUCAACGUCUGGCUAAAGUCGAGUACCGUAAAAAGGACGUCUUUAUGAGGGCUUAUUGUAGUCCAGACAUGGUUAAUAAAGACGUUUAUUCUAUGUCAAAUUUGAACUUUUUUCAAACAUUAUUUUCUACAGCUCUUUGAGCAAGUCAUUUCAGAAGCUUCCUAUACUAUUCCAGUUAAUUUUCCUAUAGCUUCAUUUGGAGUGGUAACAUUAAAUAAAAUAAUGCAUUGUCAUUUUCAGUAAUUUAUCGUAUACAAUACAAAAAAAUAUGAAAGCAGUGACAAAAAUAAAUAAAAGAUGGGAAUAAAAAACAGUUCUGGGUUUCUUCAUCUUUAAUCCUGUGCAGCUCUGUGUUGAUGAGGAAACCAUUUAAUGUUAGACUGAUAAAUGUGUAUAAGGCCGGAAAAGCAAUCUAAUCUACUUUGGAGGUUUUACUGAUGCAGAUUAUUUUUGGAAAUUAGUCCCCGCGAUAAAAAAGGGAACACUUGUGCUUGAAAAGUACAUGUGAAAAGGAAGUGAUUUAAAAAAAAAAUCCAGUCAGAGGAAGAAACACCUCGCUUAAUGGAUAUAUUGUGCUUUUUUACAGGAAAGAAACCAUACAUUGUGAUUGCUGUGAGUGUUGGUCUGCUGUAUGUUCUUCAGGCGGUUCUCAACAUUUCACUUCGUCUCUCUCUCACAUGUUCUGGGGGAACUGAGAGGAUUUUUAACAAUGUGACCUUUGAGGAGUUGAAGAACGUCACCAACGACAGAGACAAGCUUGUGCAGAAGCUUGAGCAAUACGAUAUGCAACUUACAGGUUUAAGACGUGAAAAAGAUGAACUGCAGACCAAACUGAAUCACUUUGAUCACUAUCUAAAACAAAAUUGGAUCCAUUUUAGUGGAAGCUUUUAUUAUAUUUCUACAACCGAGAAAUCCUGGCAAAGCAGCCGAGAUGACUGUUUGGGAAGAGGUGCAGAUUUGAUCACCAUUGACAGCAGAGAGGAAAAUGCAAGUGCACACGGUUUUAUUAAUGUUAGGGUAUUGUCCAAGUCCUGAAUUAGAGCAAACAUCUUAGACUUAUUUUUUUUUACAAACUGUGCAAAUCCAUUCCAAAAGUAAUUGAAAUAUUAUGGAAAUAUAAUUUCCAUUAUUCCAUUUAAAAAAAAAGCUUUUUUCAUAGAAUGAAUUUAGGAUCCAUUGUCAAAUUGAUUUUAAAUAUUUAUUUUUACAAAAAUGUGGCUUUCAGCUUAUAAAACUCACAAAAACAAGAUUCAGAAAAGAAUACUGUCGAGAAAACUAUUUACUUCUCAGUUUUUCCAAAAAGAUAAAGAAAGA